AUGUCUCUAAGUCGUACGGCCUCGGCCGCACUGCCUUUCGUGAUAGGGAUUCUGGCAGGCGCUGCGCUGUUGACAAUUCAGCAGAUCAUGACGGGAGGGAACAUUUCGUUCCCCAACGUCUCUUCGUCUCUCUUUGCUUUUAUGAAUUCAGCCAACCAAUCCGUCUCGCAACACGUGGGCAAUCCUGAUUGGCUGGCCUCUUCUGCUUCGAUCGGCGCUGCUACUGACGAGAUUCGUUACAACACGGACGCAGAACCUGUAGAAAGCAAGCUCAACGUGCAUCUGGUAGCACAUUCGCAUGAUGACUUGGGAUGGACGAGCACCAUUGACAAGUACUACGUUUCAUCAGUACAGUACAUUAUCGAGACUGUCAUCGACCAACUCGAGGCAAACCCUGACCGCAAAUUCAUCCAGGUGGAGCAGGCCUUCUUUUAUCGAUGGUGGCAGCAACAGAAAGAGGACAUGCGCAAGAGAGUGCAUGCUCUGGUUGCGUCAGGUCAACUCGAAUUCGUCAACGGAGGGUGGGUGAUGCACGACGAGGCCACCACACACUACACCGACAUGGUCCACCAGAUGUCGCUGGGGCUGCGCUUCCUCCGCUCCGAGUUCAACGUCACGCCGCGCGUUGCAUGGCAAAUUGACCCGUUCGGCCACUCGGCAACCCAAGCCAGUCUCAUCACUGCACAGGCUGGGUUUGAUGGGAUAUUUUUCUCGCGGGCAGACUACCAAGACAUGGCCAAUCGGCAACAAGAAAAGAAGGAAGAGUUUGUGUGGCGUGCGUCUAAAACAUUUGGGAAAUCGGCCCAGGUGUUUGGUGGGCACCUCUACUGGAUGUAUGAUCCCCCCCCUGGCCUUGAUUGUGAGGACAUAAAUUUCCCACCUUUUGUCCAGGAUGAUCCGCAAUCAGGGGAGUCAAACGUCCGGAAGCUUGUCGACCUGUUCGUUCAGCGAGCUUGGGAGCAGGCGAAGGUGACACGGUCGAACCACGUGAUGUUCACCAUGGGGAAGGACUUUGCCUACUCCAACGCCAUCAUGUGGUUCAAGAACAUGGACAAGCUCAUUCACUACGUCAACCUGGACGGUCGGGUCAACGCCCUCUACUCCACGCCUUCAAUCUAUCUGGACGCCAAGCAGCAAGCUGAGGAGACCUGGCCGGUCAAGACUGGCGACUUCUUCCCCUACGCUGACGCACCGCACGCCUACUGGACCGGCUUCUACUCCUCCCGCCCAGCCUUCAAGCGCUACGUGCGCUCCUGCAGCACACUGCUGCUGGCAGCAAGCAUUCUCGAAGCAGCAGUGGGGCGAGAGUCCCUGCAAGCAUGGGGAGGCGACACUGACGGGAUGAACCUUGUGGGCUCUGGCGCUGGCCGAAUGAUGGUCAUGAGUUUCCAUCCCUCGGAGGCGCCUAGUGUGGCAACUGGAGAGGGUGGGAGUGGCGGCGGUGACAGCAAUGCUGGUGCAGGAUACGGGUCUGCUGCUGCUACUGGUGCCGGUGGUGGUGGUGGUGGGGAUAGUAAUGGUGGUGUUACUGGUGCUGGGAGUCGGGAGGCUCAGGCCGCGUCGACAGCAUUGCUGGGGGAGGCAGUGGCAGUGGUACAGCACCACGAUGCCAUCACAGGCACGGCCCAGCAGCACGUGAAUGACGACUACACACUCCGCCUGCACCGAGCAGCACAGGAGGCCUCCACUGUUCUCACCAGCGCUCUGGCAUACCUCAUUCUGCACCCGCCGCCUCCUCUUCCUCCCUCGCCUCCCACCGGCACCAACUCCUCUGCACCAGGGCUCAUUGCAGGAGGAAGGUAUCAACAGGGGGAGGCGGCUGCAGGAGAAGCCGAAGCUGCUGCUCGAGACGUGCCCUCUGCUGAACAUCUCCUUCUGCCCUCCAUCGCACAUGCCCCCCUCCCCUCCAUUCUUCCUUUCUUCCCCCUCCUUCCGCUCUCCCUUACUCCCCUCUCCUGCCGCUCUCCCUUUCUCCCCCCUCCUGCCGCUCUCCCCUUCUCCCCACCACUCUUCCCUCUCCCUCCUGUCGCCCUACCCACCACCCCCUGCCAUCAGGUCUCCGCUCCCUCGGUCAUUGUCACAGACUCAACACACCAGCCCAUCCCAUCACAGCUCAUCCCAGAGCUCCUCCCUCGUCCAGUCAUCCGCGCGUUCUACGCAGCAGCACAUGCAGGCGCCAGUGUGCCUCCAGUGGAGCAGCAGCAGGGGGUGAUGUCAGUGGUGUUCCGUGCUGAGGUGCCUCCUUUGGGCUACUCCACAUUCUUCCUCACUGCAGCCCAGCCAGGAGCUGUGGGGGCAGCAGUGAGCAGCAGUGACUGGAUCUUGGGACCAAAGAAGCAGAGGGGACGGAACACGAGGAGCAAGAAGGGGAAGAAGAAAAAGAAGAAGGCAAAGAAGGAUGACUAUGAGGAGGGAGCGGAAGGAGGGGAGGGAGGGGAGGAAGGGGAGGCAGAAGAGGAAGGGUAUGAGGAGGGGCAGGAGGAAGGGGUUGAGGCAAAAGGGGAGGAGGGCUAUGCUGGAGGGGAGGAAGGAGGGGAGGCGGGGGAGGGAGAGGAGGAGGAGGAGGAGGUGGGUGAUGGUGUGGGUCAGGAGGAUGAGAUAGUUCUUGGGGGGGUGGUGGCUGGUCGGCCGGCAGCGCGUGUCUAUUUCUCCAAGGCUGCUCGUGGAAUGACACGUGCUGAGCUCAUCAAGCCGAAUGGCAAGGCCUUUGCCACGCUAGCAGCAGCCAACAUCAGCAGCGAAAUGCUCUUUUACUCAUCUGCAGAGUCAGGAGCAUACAUCUUCAAGCCCACAGCAGACGGUGCGCUGCCGUUCCGCAGGAAGCAGAGGGUGCCGAUCCGCGUGCUGCGAGGGCCCAUCGUGGAGGAGUUUCACCGCCAGGUGGCGCGUGACGUGUCCGAGGUGUAUCGAGUUUACCCGGGGGAGAAUUACGCCGAGCUUGGCUACUCCAUAGGCCCCCUCGUUGAGGAUGGGUCCCUGGGGAAAGAGGUCGUUGCCUCUUUCUCCUCUUCCAUUCAGAGCGGCGAUAUCUUUCACACGGACUCCAACGGCCGUGACUACCUCAAACGAGUUCGUGACUCUCGCCCUGACUGGACCCUCACAGUCAAGGAGCCCAUAGCAGGGAACUUCUACCCCGUGACGGUGGGCGCGUUCAUCGGGGAUGGCGAGGCACAGCUGUCGCUGCUGGUGGACCGAGCAGCCGGUGCUGCCAGCCUGGCAGCCGGACAGCUCGAAGUCAUGCUGCACCGCCGCUUGGAUACGGUGGACAACAAGGGAGUUGGAGAGCCGUUAAACGAAGAUGUCUGUGUGGAGGAUAAAUGCUACCACCUUGUCGUGGUGGGAUCACUCCGCUUCGCAGUGCUGCCAGACACACGGGCACGGCCAGGCACACCCCCACAGCAGGCAUCAGGCGGGGCAGCAGCAGGGGCCUUCUGGCGGAGAGAUCACUCCCAGAGGAUGCUGUCCCCGCUGCAGCUCGCUUUUGCUGUCGAGGGCAGCGUAUGCAGUGGGAGGGAGGUGAGGGCGGAGGGUUCACACUCACUUACUGCUGUGUCCACCUCCUCUGCCUGUUGCUCUCCUCCACACUCCCUCCUCAUGCGCUUCUUCUCUCUUCUCAAUUUCCUUCAGCGCUCAGCAGGAGGUGGCAAGGGCAGGGACACGUGGCAGCACCAGAGGGAAGGCGGCAGCACCCUCAGCUAG